GGAAGCCCGGAGCCAGAGCUGCCGCCGCUAUAUAAAUGGGGGGGCCGCAGGUUGGGGGAGCCUAGCUGCGCUUUGGAGAGGGAAGAAGCCGCCGCCCCAGGCCAGUCCCGACCAACUAGGGCGCCGAAGUCCCCCAAGCCUCCUCCCAAAGGCGAGCGUCCGCAGCCAGGAGCUCAAACACCUGGGUCUGAGGGUCCCGGGGCUCCCCGGCCGCCGGCCUCCCCUCCACCCGCGCACCCCCGAACCCAGCGGGCGAGGCCCCGGGCUCCCCGCAGCCUCCACCGCACCAUGCUCCACCCUGGCGAGUUUUCGGGCCCCGACGCUCUCCUCGUUAAGUCCACUGAGGACUGUUGCGCGGAACCCAGCCCCGAGUCCCGGCUGCCUGCCAGGGACGCGCCAGUGGCCAGCGGCUACCCCGGAGGCGACUUCUUGAGCUGGGCUCUGAGCGGCGGCACCGGGGGAAACUUGGCAGACGCCUGCUUCCUGGAGGGGCCCGCGCCCACGCCCCCUCCCGGCCUCAGCUACAGCGGGAGCUUUUUCAUCCAGGCGGUGCCCGAACACCCGCACGACCCCGAGGCGCUCUUCAACCUCAUGUCGGGCAUCCUAGGCCUGACGCCUUUACCUGGCCCCGAGGCGCCAGCAUCCCGGUGCCCACUGGACGCCCCCUUUCCUGCAGGCCCCGAAACUCUGCUGCCAGGCCUGCCUGACAUUUACCCCCCAGACCUGGGCGCUGUCGCCUUUCCAGAAGCCUUUUGGGAGGCUUCGCCCUCCACGGGCGCCCCCUCGCAGUGCCUGUACGAACCGCAGCUGUCCCCGCCCGACGUCAAGCCGGGUCUCCGGGCGCCGCCAGCCUCUCCCGCGCUGGACACUGCCUCGGCCUUCAGUGGUCCCUACGCACCCUGGGAUCUGCUUUCUGCUGGGACCCCAGGAAACUGCGGGUUACAGGGGGGCUACCAGGCCACCCCUGAGUCAAGAUUCCCGGCUGUGGGCACCAAGAUUGAAGACCUGCUGUCCAUCAGCUGCCCCGCUGAGCUGCCGACCGGCCAGGCGAACAGACUGUAUGCCUCGGAUUCUUACGACGUUUUCCCGCUGGCCCCUGGUGACUUAGGGGAGGUGACCGAGGGCCUCCCGGGGCUCCUGACUCCUCCGGGUGGGGAGGGUGGAGGUAGCGGCGACGGCGGCGAGUUCCUGUCCGGUACACAGCCCCCGCUUUCCCCGCUGGGGCUCCGCAGCACCACAGCGGACUUACCAAAGCCUCUGGUGGCGGACAUCCCCGGGGGCAGUGGCGUGGCCGCGCCUCCAGGGCCACCACCUCCGGCCCCCGCGUUCCCCCAGGCCAAGGCGCGACGCAAGGGGCGGCGGGGAGGCAAGUGCAGCGCGCGCUGCUUCUGCCCGCGGCCGCAUGCCAAGGCCUUUGCCUGCCCAGUGGAGACCUGUGUGCGCAGCUUUGCGCGCUCGGACGAGCUCAACCGCCACCUGCGCAUCCACACCGGCCAUAAACCCUUCCAGUGCCGCAUCUGCCUCCGCAACUUCAGCCGCAGCGACCACCUCACCACGCACGUGCGCACCCACACGGGCGAGAAGCCCUUUGCCUGCGACGUGUGCGGCCGGCGCUUUGCGCGCAGCGACGAGAAGAAGCGGCACAGCAAGGUGCACCUCAAGCAGAAGGCGCGCGCUGAGGAGCGGCUCAAGGGCCUCGGCUUCUACUCCCUGGGCCUCUCCUUCGCCGCCCUGUGA